AAACACAAGUUUUGAACACGCCUGUUUCUUGUCAAUAGAUCAGUAUUGGCUUUACCAUAGACUAUAUAUAUAUAGUCUAUGACUUUACUAACAGCUUUAGCAAUAUACAAACACCAUGUUUCUAGCCAAAUUCAAUUUAGUGUUUUGUUUUACAGUAUUAUUCUGGGCAGCUCGGUCAGUUCAGAUGAAGACAACUCUCGCUCGCCUGACAGCCAUGUGUAGACUAAAGUCUAACUUUACCUUGUACACGUUUGAAAAUAAGACCAAGUGUUUGUGGUUCAACAAUUUUAGAGACACAUUUCAACAAGCUAAAUCAAGAUGUGAAGAUUUAGGAGCCUAUUUGGCAGUAAUAAAAAGCUACAAGGAGUAUGUCAUUUUUUCUACGAAUAAACGCAGCGAAUGGACAUGGAUAGGAUUGGACGAUAUCCAAAAGGAAGGCGUCUACAUGUGGCAAGAUGGAAGUCGUGCAAGACAAUUUCCUUACGUUCAUUUCUCAAGAACAGGAAUCCCACCAGUUCCAGGAGCAACACCAGACGUUUGCGACUGCGGUCAAUUCAUUUAUUGUUACGACCUGUGCAUUGGGCGAGGAAUAUAUAUGCAAAACUGUUCUGUGUUUGCCUACUCUGUCUGCGAGAUUCAACCCUAACGAUGGGGGAAGGGACUACGUACUGCUUCAAGAAAGAAUCUCAGAACAAAAACUUUGGAUCAUUCAGGAAUGCUAUGACAUUGCCAAAUAUUUUAGCAGCAUAACAAGACUGGCAUUACUCACAGUCUGCGCCUCGUUUGUUUGUUCCAAGGCUAUAUAUUGUUGUAUUUUUUUAUAUUUAGGACCUUGUCAAAUAUUUAAAAAAUAAAACAAACUUUAAGAGUA